AUGGCCUCGGAUCACGGGGUCCCAGGGGCCAGCGUGUUUGGAGAUUUACCCCCGAGUUAUACGCGCUCCCAGCAGCAGCAGCAGCAGCCCACGAGCACGGAGCUCCUCCGCAGACCCAGCUACUGCCACGCCGCCUUCGCACUUAAACAGAUCUCUAAGGGUAAAGCUGUAGGUCAGAAAGCUCCACUGUGGAUCCGUGCCAGGUUCCAGGCUCUUCUCUUCUCGCUGGGAUGCCACAUCCAGAGGCAUUGUGGGAAAGUCCUCUUUAUCGGACUCUUAGUAUUCGGAGCACUUUCUGUUGGACUCAGGGUGGCAGCAAUUGAAACGGACAUCGAACAGCUAUGGGUAGAAGCUGGCAGCCGGGUGAGUCAGGAGCUGCGAUACACCAGGGAAAAGCAAGGGGAGGAGUCGGUGUUCACCUCACAGAUGCUCAUACAGACCCCCAAAGAGGAGGGCACCAAUAUCCUCACCCAGGAGGCUUUGCUGGUGCAUAUGGAAGCCGCCCUGUCCGCCAGCAAGGUCCAGGUGUCACUCUUUGGAAAAUCAUGGGAUCUUAAUAAAAUAUGUUACAAAUCAGGAGUUCCUAUUAUUGAGAAUGUCAUGAUUGAGCGGAUGAUUGACAAGCUCUUCCCCUGUAUGAUAAUCACUCCACUGGACUGUUUUUGGGAAGGGGCCAAACUACAGGGAGGCUCCGCCUACUUGCCGGGGAUGCCAGAUAUCCAGUGGAUGAAUCUGGACCCGGUGAAACUGAUGGAGGAGCUAAGUCAGUUCACGCCAUUGGAGGGUUUCAAGGAGAUGUUAGACAAAGCACAGGUGGGCCACGCAUACAUGAACAGGCCUUGUCUGGACCCCUCAGACCCAGACUGCCCUUUGAGCGCACCCAAUAAGGAGCAAGGAGAGGGCCUUGACAUUGCCGGGCGUCUCCAGGGUGGUUGCCAUGGUUUCAGCAGGAAGUUCAUGCACUGGCAGGAGGAGCUGAUCCUGGGGGGGCGGGUCAAGAACAGCCAGGACGCUCUGCUAAGCGCGGAGGCUCUCCAAACCAUGUUCCUAUUGAUGAGUCCGAAGCAGCUUUACGAGCACUUCAAGGACGAUUAUGAGAUCCACGACAUCAACUGGAACGAAGACAAAGCCACUGCCAUCCUGGAGUCCUGGCAAAGAAAAUUUGUUGAAGUGGUCCAUGAGAGUGUCCCAUCCAACUCCAGCCAGUCCCUUCAUGCUUUCUCCACCACUACCCUCAACGACAUCAUGAAAUCCUUCUCUGAUGUCAGUGUCAUCAGAGUGGCUGGUGGAUACCUUUUAAUGCUGGCCUAUGCGUGUGUGACCAUGUUGCGGUGGGACUGUGCAAAGUCCCAGGGUGCAGUGGGGCUUGCCGGUGUACUUCUUGUAGCCCUGUCCGUAGCUGCCGGACUGGGUCUUUGCUCUUUACUCGGCCUUUCAUUCAACGCUGCAACCACACAGGUGCUUCCCUUCCUGGCUCUAGGCAUUGGGGUAGAUGACAUGUUUCUGUUGGCCCACUCCUUUACAGAAACAGGCUCUAACAUUCCUUUUAAGGAGAAGACUGGAGACUGCUUGCGUCGCACAGGCACCAGCGUUGCCCUAACUUCCAUCAACAACAUGAUUGCAUUUUUUAUGGCCGCCCUUGUGCCCAUCCCUGCACUACGAGCGUUUUCAUUGCAGGCUGCCGUGGUGGUCGUGUUCAACUUUGCCAUGGUGCUGCUUAUCUUCCCCGCCAUCCUCAGCUUAGACCUCCACCGCAGAGAGGACAAGCGACUGGAUGUUCUCUGCUGCCUUUACAGCCCCUGCUCCGAUCGCGUCAUCCACCUCUCCCCACACGAGUUGUCAGACGCCGGGGAGCAGUCUCACGCCUCUACGGCCUCUGCGGCGCACCAGUACACCACGGGCUCCACCAUCACCACCAGCACGCACAUCACCACCACCGUGCAAGCUUUUACACAGUGCGAUGCGGCGGGCCAACACAUUGUCACUAUUCUCCCUCCAACGUCGCAAAUAUCCACCAGCCCAUCUAUCAUUGUCUGCAAUAACGCUCAAACACAAGCAUCAACGCCAACACCCACCAGUACUGUCACGGACCCCUUUGGAUCUCAGCUCUUCACCCCCACGUCUAGCUCCACUCGGGAUCUUCUGGCGCAAGUGGAGGACUCCAAAUCGGGGAAAAAGUGCGUCCCUCUGCCCUUCCUGGACUGGAACUUGUCAAGCUUUGCCCGGGACAAAUAUGCUCCUCUGCUGCUGAAGCCCCAAAGCAAAGCUAUUGUUGUGGUUUUAUUCCUUGGACUACUUGGACUAAGCCUUUACGGGACCACCAUGGUGCACGAUGGACUCUACCUUACAGACAUUGUGCCAAGAGACACUAAGGAGUAUGACUUCAUCGAUGCACAGUUCAAGUACUUCUCUUUUUAUAACAUGUACUUGGUGACAAUGGGUCGAUUUGAUUAUGCCCACUCACAGAGACUACUGAUUCAGCUUCACAAUUCCUUCAAUUCUGUCAAAUACGUGGUUCGGGACAGCAGCAACAAGCUACCCCGGAUGUGGCUGCACUACUUCCAAGACUGGCUUCGAGGGCUUCAAGUUGCGUUUGAUGCAGAUUGGCAGUCGGGCAGGAUUACAGCUGACAGCUAUCGGAACGGCACAGAGGAUGGAGCUUUGGCAUACAAGCUUCUCAUCCAAACAGGGUCAAAGAAAGAGCCUUUUAACUACAGCCAGUUAACUUCUCGUCGACUUGUGGAUUCUGAAGGUCUCGUACCACCCGAGGUCUUCUACAUUUAUUUGACUGUUUGGGUCAGCAAUGAUCCCUUAGGCUACGCCGCAUCCCAGGCCAACUUUUACCCCCAUCCCAGAGAGUGGAUCCACGACAAAUACGACACCACAGGGGAAAAUCUGCGCAUUCAAGCAGCAGAGCCUUUGGAGUUUGCCCAAUUCCCAUUCUACCUGAACGGUCUCAGACAGGCCAGUGAUUUUGUGGAGGCCAUCGAGAGUGUGCGGGCCAUUUGUGAUGAGUUCAGUCGCAAGGGUGUGUUCAACUACCCAAACGGCUACCCCUUCCUGUUCUGGGAGCAGUACAUCGGGCUCAGGCACUGGUUCCUUCUGUCAAUCAGCGUUGUCCUGGCUUGCACUUUCCUGGUCUGCGCCAUACUCCUGCUCAACCCGUGGACUGCUGGCAUCAUUGUGUUUAUUCUGGCCAUGAUGACCGUGGAAUUGUUUGGAAUUAUGGGGUUGAUCGGCAUCAAGCUGAGUGCUAUUCCAGUCGUUAUACUCAUUGCUUCAGUUGGCAUCGGAGUGGAGUUCACUGUUCACAUCGCACUGGGCUUCCUGACAGCGAUUGGCAACAGGAACAAACGCUCAGCUGUGGCUUUAGAGCACAUGUUUGCCCCGGUGGUCGACGGAGCCAUCUCUACACUACUUGGUGUUCUGAUGCUGGCAGGAUCAGAGUUCGAUUUCAUUAUGAGGUACUUCUUUGCUGUGCUGGCUAUCCUCACGGUUCUGGGCAUGCUCAAUGGUUUAGUCCUGCUGCCUGUGCUCCUGUCGAUGAUGGGACCUCCAGCUGAGAUCACCCCUGAGGAUAACUCCAGUCGGCUCUCUUCACCUGAACCAUCCAUGCCUCCUCCAAUGACCCACCAUGGCUACUACACCGGUCAUCACAACCCCAGGUCGUCUCAUCCACCAGCCUUUUCAGAGUCCUCUGAUUCAGAGUACUACUCUGAGGUGACCACCACAUCUGGUAUAGAAGAUGAUUACAAGUACUGUGACAGGAGUGCAUUUGUAGCAUCUCAUGCAAAUGUGCCGCCAACAUCAGACAUCCUGCUGGAAGCAAGCACAAACCCCAGCUUUCCCAAGCUCACGGUGGUAAAGCCUUUCAAAGAGAACACCUCAGGAAGAGUGGAUCCAUCCCAUACACAUGGUUCCCAAGUCACGUGCUGGGACAGAGAUAAACGGACCCGCCAGCCUUUGCCUGGCGACAGGGCAUUUUUCACUGGGAGGACUAAUCAAAGUGGACCCAGACAUCAGAGCAACAGAGGGCCUCUGCCCAACAGGACUAAAGGGCCCAGCUCUGCCUUGCCCACAGUGCAAGGCGCACAGGGACCCGUUACCAUGGUGACGGCAACUGCUUCUGUCACUGUGGCCGUGCACCCAUCUUUACCAGGAGCAGCUUAUCAGGGCUACAUGCAUGAAGGUUUUGACACAGAUAGCGAGUCAGACUGUUUCGAGGCUGCUAAGAGGACUUACAGUGGCAAAACAAACUUUUCUUCAUGUAAAAGAGACUCUCUGGAGCUCCAAGACUUAGAAACAACUCACAACAAGACCGAACACCAGCAAGGCAGGACACAUGGUUUGAGGAAACCAGCGUCCAAAGAUUGCUGA